GUGAAUUAGUUAAGUAGUAGUAGUAGUAGUAGUAGUAGUAACAACAUUAUCAACAGCAUCAUUAUCAUCACCAACAGCAGCAGCAAUAAUAACACAAUCAGUAGUAGUAGUAGUGGUGGUGGUGGUGAUGGUGAAAGAAGUUUUGACGAUUAAAAAGCCAAGAGGUGGAGGCUUGUGUUUUUGUUAAUAUACAACUCUGUACAUUUCACCAGGAAGCUACAAUUAACACCCAAGUCGAAGCCGCUUUUAAUUAUCAUUAUUACAAUUAAGGAAUUAUCUCCAGACCUCUUGUGCAGACCAAUGGGCAGUACUAACACCACUAUAAUUAUGAGAUGUCGAUCAUCAGUGCUGCUGAGCAUGGCUACAGUCAGCGGGUAGAGACUUUACUGGCCGAUGGUCAUUCCGUCCAUGGCAAAGACGGGAGUGGGGCCACUGCUUUGUUUUGGGCUGCUUGCAGAGGUCACACAAAGAUUUGCAACAUUCUCCUUAAAGCCAAUGCUUGCCCUGAUGAUCGUGUCGAAUGGGGUUCAACAGCCCUUCAUGCUGCAGUAGAUGGUGGACAUACAGACUGUGUUGAUUUACUCAUCAAUUUUGGUGCCAGUGUGAAUGUGCAGAAUAAACGUGGGGACACACCUCUACACCUUGCUUGUUACCAUGGUUUCACAGACAUUACCAAUAUCCUGCUGAAAAACAAUGCUGAAAUCUUCAUAGAGAAUAAUGAUGGUAAAAAUUGCUACAUUGAAGCUGACAGUCAGAAAAAUAACAAAAUUCUGAACAUCCUCUUGAGGCAUAUACGAUGUUUAAACUGCACUGCAGUUCCCGACAGUUCUUAUCAGUACGACAAGCAGUAUUUAUCUACACUUCCCAUUUGCCAAUUUGCCACGACUACAAUGCAGCAGAACUCACUGAAUAGCCUAACGAGUUACUCUUCGUUUUCUUCAUCAUCUUCAUCUUCAUCUUCAGCUCCAUCCAACAACAUGGACAGCAACAACUAUAGCCAUUUCAACAGUAUUUCAGGCCGGGUACCAAAUGAAUGCAGUAAUAUCAGCAAUUCUUGUAGAUACAACGACAACAGUGGAACAAAUUAUGCAAAGAAAAAUAUUGAAACGAGACAAGAAUCAAACAAGUCGUUCAAUCCUUGCAAUAGAAUAGCAGCUUUCGAUCCAGAUUUGAAGAAUUUACAUAAUAUCGAAAUCCUCAACAAUAAACUAUCUCAAAUGGAAAUGGAAAAUAAAAAUCUAUUGAGACAGCUGCAUGCUUAUGAGCAUGAAAGAUCUGAACUGAAGAAUGCUAUACGUGACUUGUCGCUUCGGCUUUGCAGUGAGGGCACUGUUACUUGUAGUACUUCGUUAUGUUCAGAUGACUCCUUCGUUAACAAUGCAUCGAAACACGUGCAGAACAAUCAUUCCGAUGUCCCCUCUCUUUCUAGAUUGUUAAAUACUGAAUCGUCUCAAGUUGAAGCGGCAUGCCCAACCAAAAACAACGCCACCGGCAUUCCUGCUUCUCAGUUACAUUCUCCAGUUACCCAUUCUCACAAAAUCUUGCUCCAAAUCUGUCGGCAGUCGGCCAAUUUGAUGCCAGAUAUCUUAAAGCAGCAUCUACUAUUGAACUGGGUCCACUACCCUCACAAACCACUCAUUAAAGACAGUGAAAAGACUAACUGGUUACGAGAUGUACACUACAAACUCAGAGAUACUCAACCCUUGAAUGGUGGGAGGCCUGACUGCCUGGAAGGGACCUGCUCCCUAAUAUUCAGAAUAGAGUACAACAAUCACAAUCUCAUACUAAAGAUGCUGCUGAACAUUCUAGAAAUGAAUGAAUACGGCCACAACCAGGGCCUCAGCAUGCAGAAUGCUCUCCACCACAGGUUCGGCCCUGAAUGCCUUCCCAACAGUCUACCUUUACACAGAAACAUCAUCCAGAUUCUUCACAAUUACAAGGGUUCCACAUUAAGCUUCAGCAAUUACCAACAUUAUUUCAUACCAAGAGAUAUAGAGAAUUUGGAAUCGGCGUACCAGACACUGUUCCUUAUUUUACACGAAUACCCCACCACUUUGAAGAAAUUCAUAGAAGGUUCAGUAUUUGAACCGGAUCAAUUUGAGACAUUCUUCUUGCAAAUUUUAUACCAGCUGUUAAAUGCGGUUGAUUUUCUUCGAGAGCAUCAUGUCACUCAUCGAGACAUCAAAGCUGAUAACAUCUUCCUUAAUUGUUUCCUCCAACCGGUGCUGGCCGAUUUUGGAUUUGCUCGGAAGCUGCGAGGUGAUGGUGACAUCCAAGGUCGUGAUCAAGUUCCUUUGUAUCCGGACAGCUUGCAGGACAUCAGAUGUGCCAAUCCGUUCGCUUGGGCUCCAGAACUAGCACGAUGGAAUAACGGUUUCGAAAGUAUUUCUCUAAAAGAUGUGACUCUGGAAGAAAUCUAUCGAUGUUCAGACACCUAUGCCAUCGGUAGAAUGUUCUAUGCAUUCUUCAUGUUGGAUACCCAGACGUUUCCGAGUGUAGCUAGUCUCAAGCCACACUACUCCAAGGAUGAAAUACCUGUACUCCAAAUACCUCCUACUCUCGCUUUUAUUCUACAACACCUUGUAAUGGAUAUGCCUUCUGAACGACUCACAGCACGAGAAGCUAUGCUCAGGAUUGGUUGUCUUCUUUAUCCGCCAUCAGAAGGGGACAUUACGUGUCAAGAAGAAGUCGGUUUUUACCUCAAAGCAAAGAGGUUGUCACUGCUUUCUGCUCCUCCUCCCAAUCUGCCGGAGGAGUCUAUGUAUGGCAAGGAGACGUGCAGCAUAGCAGAGAGUAUCCAGAUAAACAAGGACCUCUUAGAGGCCAACUUCUUGUCCACAGUCACCAAUGAGGAAUUCUGGGAAGCCUAUCAGACAAUGGCACCUUACAUAACAAACACAGUCACGUGACCAACUCAUACUCCACUAUGCCCAGCUUCAUCUCUGCUCCCAUCAUCUGUUCAAACUUAGACAUACAAACACACAUGUAUAUGUGUGUGUGUGUAUAUAUAUAUAUACAUAGAUACCCUUACUCGCACACACAUGUAUGUAUAAACAUAUACACACACACAUGUGUGUGUAUGUGUUCAGCGAUGUUUGAAGGAUAUUCGAACCUUUUCCACUUGCUGUUUGUCUUGAAGAAGAAAAAAGAUUCUCACUUGAGACAAAAAUGUGUCCAAACACCUAAUCUGAGAACGCCCUCUAGUGGACAAAUAGAUCGAUGGGCUUCAAAUGAAUUUGUUUGAAAGACACGUGAAACAAGACAAAUCACUGGGAAAAGUCUUUUUGCAAAUUCAAAUAUCUCUUAAAACAUAUUUCGGACUGAAAUCCAAUUUCAUUUACUUUCAUUCAUCAUUUCAUGCAUCUACACACACACACGCAUGUAUAUAUAUAUAUAUAUACACAUAUACACACACACACACAAAUAUAUAUAUAUAUAUAUACAUACAUACACACAUACAU